AUGUCAAGUGGACUUUUAAAUCUGGGGGUUUUAAAACAACAACCAUCAUCAUGGUCACCAGCUUAUGCUCUUUUCUUUAUCACUCUUUUUAUACUAGCUGUCACUUUUUAUUUAAUUAUACAACAAAAACAAAACUUUUUAGAUUUAAAAACCUUAUUGGACCAACAAAAUCAAUUUAUAAAUAAUAAUCAUCAUCGUCAUAAUAGACCUUCUAAGAAAGAAUUUAAAAAAUAUAUACUUAAAUUUCCAAAAGAUGCUAUUGAAGGCGAAGUUCCAGAGGAUCAAGUUGUUCACUCGAUUUCUGCUGCCAUCAUGUAUGCUGCUUAUCCAUUAAAGUUCUCAAUUAACAAUGAAAAGUUUGAAAAAUCAAGUAUUUUAAAAAAUUCUUGCUGUGGAUCAGUAACUUUUAGUUUUAAAGAAUCUUUAGAACAAUUGGUAUCUAAUGGUUAUAAAAUUGAAUAUAAUCAAAUUCCAUCAGAAGAGGUAUUAAUCUCACUUGGGAAAAUUCAUGGUGUGAUUCUUAAUGUAAAACUUUCAAGAGAAGAGUUCGAAGAUUUAAGCUCUUUUAUCCAGAAAAAAGUACCAUAG